GAAACGGGGAGCAGUUUUAAAUGAAGAUGGCGGGUGAACUAGCCGUCACCUCUUGGGUCCGCUAGGUGGUCGUUCUGUAUUCUGGGUUGAAGAUGUGGCGGGUGAAAAAACUGAGCCUGUCGCCUUCGCCCCAACCGGGAAAACCAACUAUGAGAACUCCUCUCCGAGAACUUAACCUGCAGCCCGGUGCCCUCACCAGCUCUGGAAAAGGGCCGCAGAUAUGCUGCUCGCUGACCCCAUCGCUGUGCAAACUGGGGCUGCAGGAGGGCAGCAACAACUCAUCUCCACUGGAUUUUGAAAAUGCUAAGAUGACAGACUCCCCAUCAGAACAGUUCAGCCUUCUCUCAAGGUCGCUACCAGCUUGUCAACAUGAAUCAGAUGAGCAGCCCCUAAAUCUGACUCCCCAGAACAAUUCUACUCCCAAACCAUCUGAGGAAGCAGUAGACCCACUGCACAACAAUGUGGUUAAAGCCAUGGUCCUUGUACCCUCUCCAGGAGGGCAGCAGCAAGACAUCACACUUGAGGCCCAUUUAAAUACCAUGGCAGAAACAAACGGUUUUUCUCUAGAUGAGCCUUUGAGGCCAGGAGAUCUGUUGAGAAAGUGGGUGGAACCCUGCAGGGAAGAUAGCUUUUCAGAAGUUGUUCCUGCUAUGCCUGAGAAACUUACAUUUCAGGAUCCUCCAUACCAUCUUUUGGAGUAUCCACCAAAUCCCCGUUCUGAGCAACAGCUACACUGUUCCAAGGAAAGCCUGAAGGACAGUAGAACUGAGGCCGUGCCUGAGGACUUACUGUCUUCUGAAAGUAAUGCCUUCUUGCCUUCCUCCAUGCUCUGUCUUUCCCCUUCAACUGCCUUUGCAGCAGAUUUCCCUGUCAGUCAUGUAGACCCAGGGCAGGAAAUUGUAGAGCACAAAGCUGUAGAGGAAAGAGAAAUGAGCUUUUCCACAUUCCCUGAGGAGGCUGAAUUGAGAGAUCAAGCACUUGUCUCAAAUAUGCAAGGUAUUCCACCCACAUGCCUGACCCCAAAUUCAGGAGAAAUGGAAUCCCAGGCAGCUCCAGGCCCAGCAGUAGAAGAUGCUGGUAGACUUCUCAUCUCUGAUGCAGGACCUUGGAUGUCCCCAUUGUCCUGGCUGGAAAAAGGUGUAAAUACCUCAGUAAUGCUGGAAAAUCUCCGCCAGAGCUUAUCCCUUCCCUCUGUGCUUCAGGAUGCUGCAACUGGCACUGCUCCUUUCUCUACUUGCUCAGUGGGGACUUGGCUUACUCCCCCAGCACCACCACAGGAAAAGAGUACAAACACAUCCCAGACAGUCCUGGUGGGCACCAAGGACAGUACUUCUGAGAGGGAGCAUCUCCUAUGGGGGAACCAUCCUCCAGAUCUGACUGCCUUAUCUCGACACGACCUGGAAGAUAACCUGAUGAACUCUCUUGUCAUUCUGGAGGUUCUCUCCCGCCAGCUGCGGAAUUGGAAGAGCCAGCUGACUACCCCUCACCCAGAAGUUCAGGACAGUAGCACACAGACUGACACAACUGACACCUGUCCCAGUGGGAUAAGUAAGAAACUGCAGCAUCUUCGAGGGAGCCGAGAGAUUGAACAGACUUUGCAGCAGACCAGAAAUGUCAUGCAGUCAUGGGUGCUGGUCUCUAAGGAGCUGAUAUCCUUGCUUUACCUAUCUCUGUCGCACUUAGAGGAAGAUAAAACUACUGUGAGUCAGGAGUCUCGGCGCACAGAAACCUUAGUCUCCUGCUGUUUUGAUGUGUUGAAAAAAUUGAGGACAAGGCUCCAGAGCCUCAACACAGAAAGGGAGGAGGCAAAGCACAGAGAGGAAAUGGCCCUCAGAGGCAAGGAUGCGGCAGAGGCAGUGCUAGAGGCUUUCUGUGCACAUGCCAGUCAGCGCAUCAGCCAGUUGCAACAGGACCUGGCAUCCAUGAGGGAAUUCAGAGGACUCUUGAAGGAGACCCAGACCCAACUGGUAGGUCUUCAUACUGAGCAAGAAGAGUUGGCUCAGGAGACAGCAAGUCUUACUUCAAUCUUGCAACAAGACUGGAUAUCCAUGCAACUGGAUUAUAUAACAUGGACAGCUUUACUGAGCCGGUCUCGAGAACUCACAGAGAAACUCACAUCCAAGAGCCGGCAGACCCUACAAGAACGUGAUGCUGCAGUUGAGGAGAAGCAGCAGAUUUCCAGGGAGCUGGAACAAGUCUCUUCCCAGUUAGAGAACUGCAAAGGCCAAAUAGAACAACUGGAGUUGGAAAACAGUCGCCUAGCAACAGAUCUCCGGGCUCAGCUACAGAUUCUGGCCAGCAUGCAGAGUCAGCUAAAAGAGCUACAGAGUCAGCAUGCCCACUGUACCCAGGACCUGGCCAUGAAGGAUGAGUUGCUCUGCCAGCUUACCCAGAGCAAUGAGAAGCAGGCUACUCAGUGGCAAAAGGAAGAGAUGGCACUAAAACACGUGCAAGCAGAGCUCCAGCAACAACAUGCUGUUCUGGCCAAGGAGGUGCAGGACCUGAAGGAGACUCUGGAGUUUGCAGAUCAAGAGAAUCAGGUAGCUCACUUGGAGCUGGGCCAGGUUGAGUGUCAGUUGAAAACCACACUGGAAGUGCUACGGGAGCGCAGCCUGCAGUGUGAGGACCUCAAGGACACUGUAGAGAACCUGAAGGCUAAACUGGCUAGCACCAUAGCAGAGAAUCGGGAGAAAGACCUGGAGAAGACAUGCCAGUAUUCCCAAGAGCUAAAGGUGCUAACUGAGCAGCUACAGAGCCUGACCCUCUUCCUGCACACGAAACUAAAGGAGAAGCCUGAGCCGGAUACUCUCCUGAAAAGCACAGCCUGUGCUUCUGCCCAGGAACACCUUCCACCCACAGACAGCACCUUCUUGGGAAGCAUCUUGACAGCAAUGGCAGACAAAGAGCCAGAAUCAGCUCCUGUGUCCUUGCUUGGAAGUGACAAGAGUGCUUUCACCCGAGUUGCAUCAGUGGUUUCCCUUCAGCCUACAGAGACCCCAGGCAUGGAGAAGAGCCUGGAAGAAAUGAGUACUAUGACUCUGGAGCUUCAGAGCCUGUGUUCCCUGCUGCAAGACUCUAAAGAAGAAGCUGUCAGGACUCUGCAGCAAAAGAUUUGUGAUCUGCAGGCUAGGCUGCAGGCCCAGGAAGAACAGCAUCAGGAAGCCCAGAAGGCAAAGGAAGCGGACAUAGAGAAGUUGAACCAGGCCUUGUGCUUGCGCUACAAGAAUGAAAAGGAGCUCCAGGAAGUGAUACAGCAGCAGAACGAGAAGAUUUUAGAGCAAAUAGACAAGAGUGGCGAGCUCAUAAGUCUUAGAGAGGAGGUGACCCAGCUUACCCGCUCACUUCGGCGUGCGGAGACAGAGACUAAGGUGCUCCAAGAGACCCUGGCAGGCCAGCUGGACCCCAGCUCUCAGCCCAUGGCCACUAACUGGAUCCAGGAGAAAGUGUGGCUUUCCCAGGAGGUGGAUAAACUGCGGGUGAUGUUCCUGGAGAUGAAAAAUGAGAAGGAAAAACUCAUGGUCAAGUUCCAGAGCCAUAGAAACAUUUUGGAGGAGAAUCUUCGGCGCUCUGACAAGGAGUUAAAGAAACUAGAUGACGUUGUUCAGCAUAUUUACGAGACUCUGCUGUCCAUCCCAGAGGUCGUGAGGGGUUGCAAGGAGCUACAGGAAUUGCUGGAAUUUCUAAGCUAAGAAAUGAAAAGCUGGAGUCUGUUUUACCCCGUCUUUACCUAUAAUACUCCCCUACCCCAACACCAGGACCAAUUGGCAUAGAGCCAGCUGGGUUUAAUGCUAUUUAAAUAAAGUAUAUUUAAUAUGUUUC